AUGCCGCCGCUCCUCACCGCUUGCCAGAGCCGCUGGGCACUGCACUCCCUCGUUGCUAUCCUCUCGGCCGUCGCUAUCGCAAGCUCGUCUGCACCAGUGUCAGGCACUGGCAUGUACAAUGGCAUGAUGGGCGACCUGCGUGGUGUCGUGGUCAUUGUCGGCGGCGUGGGGCUGCUCGGCAUCGGCCUCUUACGCGCCGCGUCCUUUCUUCCUCGCCCGUGGAGGGUGUACACCGACCGCAUCGAGUUCACCUUUGUUGCCAUGCUCUGGAUCGUGUGGACAUCUGCCACCAUGGCCUUUUCGCACUUUACAGUAGACCGGGGCGUGUGCUUCAACCCGGACAACAGGGCCAAGGGGGAACUGCACCUGCCCAGUUGCCCAUUACUGACAUUUGACUUGGCCCUGCUGCACCUCUUAUCGACGUCAACCCUUGCGCUCAUGCUCGUCGUCUUAUCCACGGUGCUGGCACCGGGAUACCACCUGUCUCACUCGACGAGCUAUGACGCCGACGCUGAGCAACUCCAGUCCAGCCCCAAGGGUGGCGGCCUCGUGCUGUGGGACUUGGCGCUGGCGCCCAUCGAACAGGGAGCUGGAGAGCGUGACCGCUUGCACGUCGAGCGAUACGGUGCGACAGAGCCGGAAGCCAGCGGCAGCGGUAGUGGUACUAGCGAUGCGCAGGAAGCUGGCACUGUGGGCAUUCUGCCAAGGGACAAGUUUGCAGAGGGGAGGGUCACGUCAUACGGCCUUCUCCUCGCGUGCUCCCUCGGCGUCGUUGGGUCGGCUGCUGCCAUUGCAGGCGGGGACGCUACCGGUGGUAGCCCGUUCAUCCUCGCUGUCGGCGCCAUCUCCUCCAUUUUCUCAACAGCAUGCCUUGCACUUCACUUUAGCCGCCGCGGCCAUGUCGCCGGCAAGCUGGACGACACGUUCCUUGCCCGCCAUGACCGCGCCAUCGAGGUCGCCGGUUCUGCGUCGCUGUUUCUCCUCUGGCCUCUCGCUGCAGUCAUCUACACGCUCCUCCCAGCCAUGGCGUACCGGCCGUGCGCCGAUCCCGCCACCUCUUCCACUCCCGCGCCCGACCUUGAAUCGCCCGCCUCGCCCCAGACACUGUGCUACUUCUCAUGCGCAGCCAUAUCGCUCGCGUGGCUCGCGGCCUGGGUCGUGCUCGUGCGCAUGCUCGGCCUCGUCUUCCCCAUGCCCGAACUCGGGUGGACGCCAAAGAGGGAAGCCUAUGAAGGUCCCGAGGCGCGUGGUCUGCUCGCCCCGGAACCGGAGCGCGACCGAGGGCACGACGUGGUGGUGGAGGAGAUGGACGACGAGGAAGCAGGCGACGAGGAUGACCAGUUCGCGCUGCGUUCCAAGCCCAGCUGGUCGUCACGGGUACGCGGGUACGUGCCAAAGCGCAAGAGCAAAAGCACACCUAGCCAGACAGUGCUAUCGUCGUCGCCGCCGCCCCCGCCGCCCAGGCCACAGGUCAAGUGGGGACGGCUCGUGGCUGGGGAGGAGUUUGAGCUGGAAGACGACGCGGACGACGAGUAG